UACGUAUAUAUUGUAUAUGUUCAAAAAUGAUACUUAACCUUUUAGAAGCUAGUACAUGGAGCAACAACCUAAGUUUUGUUCAUAUCAAAAUAAAAAAUUAAUGUAAGAAAACAUACGUUUUAUGAAAUUUUUUUCAGAAUUUCAAUAAGCUUGUGCAAGAUGGAUGAAAUAAUUCUUAAAGUCACUGAUGCAAAGGUAGGAUUCAGUAUUGCAGCAAUAAUAGGUUACUGUUUAUAUAAAAUAAUAGCGGGAAGAAGUAGAAAAAGAUUGCAAUUGUUUAAUAAUGAUAGUAACGUCAAUGACAUACAGAUGAAUUCAGAUAAUUACAAACUUAUUUUAGUUAUCAGAACUGACUUAAAAAUGGGAAAGGGAAAAGUUGCAGCACAAUGUGCUCAUGCUGCCGUUGCGGCUUAUAAAGCAGCUGAAAACUAUCCUGAAAUUUUACAUGCUUGGGAAAAAUGUGGACAAGCCAAAAUUACUGUUAAAGUGGAUAGUAAUAGUGCAUUGAAAGAAAUAGCAAAACAAGCUAGAGCUGUAGGACUUUUGGCAAAUACAAUAAAGGAUGCUGGACAUACACAAGUAAAGCCAGGAAGCAGAACAGUAUGUGCUAUUGGUCCAGGUCCAGCUAAAUUGAUAGAUCAAGUAACAGGUCAUUUAAAAUUGUUUUAAUAAUUCACAAAAUAAAGGUAUUUUAAUUUUUUAACUAA